UAGUGAAGCAGCUAGGUUUACUAAUUGCUCCGCUUCAGAGUUUUGGAGCAGCUUCUUCUUCUCCUUCUCCUUCUUCUCUCUGGAAUGAAAAUGCCUCCCUUCACCUCUCUGCAACUUCGUUGCCUCCUAAACCGUUGCUGCCUCUCUCCUGCUCCAUUCCUCACUCAGUCCGCUUCCUCUUCCUGCUUUACCCCUACCCAUUUCACUAAAUUUACGUUCUUGCUACUUCCUCUCUGUAGACCCUUCUCCUCUCUGACCAUAAAACCUAGCAGUGACCCAGAUCCCAUAGCCCAGUCAAUAUCCGCAGAGCUCGUCAAAAGCCCUGAUACUGACUCCCUCUCAAUUUCGCAAAGACUCAAUCUCAAUUUCUCUCACAUCACCAACUCCAUAACCCCGUCGUUGGUUCUGCAGACGCUCAAUCUCUCCCCUGAUGCUGGACGUACAGUGGUAGGGUUUCACCAGUGGCUGGUCACGGCUGCUGGGUUUAAGCACACGGAUGAAACGAUAUCGUUUUUCGUUGAUUACUUUGGUCGAAGGAAGGAUUUCCAAUCUACCCAUGAGCUACUUCGUGAAGGUAAAGGUGUCAUUGGGUCUAAAAGUCUGGAAUCAGUGGUUGAUAGGCUUGUACGGGCAGGGAGGCCUACCAAGGUUGUUGGGUUUUUUGAUAGGAUGGACAGAGAUUAUGGGUUUAAGCGAGAUAGGGAGUCUCUUACAUUGAUAGUGAAUAAGUUGUGUGACAAUGGGUACGCGAGUUAUGCAGAGAGAAUGGUGAAAAACUUGGCUAAUGAGAUUUUCCCAGAUGAGAUAAUUUGUGAUUUGUUGAUCAAAGGUUGGUGUGUUGAUGGGAAACUUGAGGAGGCUAAAAGGUUGGCUGGGGAGAUGUAUAGUGGUGGUUUUGAGAUCGGUACAAUGGCUUAUAAUGCGAUUCUUGAUUGUGUUUGCAAGCUUUGUAGGGCAAAAGAUCCGUUUAGGUUACAUUCUGAGGCAGAGAAGGUAUUGGUAGAAAUGGACUCUCGUGGGGUUCCAAGAAAUGUGGAGACAUUCAAUGUCUUGAUCAAUAAUUUAUGCAAGAUGAGGAAAACUCAGGAUGCUUUGGAUUUGUUUUACAGGAUAGGGGAAUGGGGGUGUAAUCCCGAUGAGACUACGUUUCUUGUUUUGAUUAAGAGUUUGUAUCAGGCAGCGAGGGUGGGAGAGGGGGAUGAGAUGAUUGAUAGAAUGAAGAGUGCUGGGUAUGGAGAUAAGCUUGAUAAGAAGGCUUAUUACAGCUUUUUGAAGGUUUUGUGCGGUAUUGAGAGGCUUGAGCAUGCCAUGACUGUGUUUGAGAUGUUGAAGGCAGAUGGAUGUAAACCUGGGAUAAAAACUUAUGAUUUGUUGAUUGGGAAGUGGUGUGCUCAUAAUCGUCUCGAUAAGGCAAAUGCCCUCUUUAAUGAAGCUUUGAGUAAUGGGGUGCCAGUGACACCCAAAGAGUAUAGAGUGGAUGCAAAGUUUUUGAAGCCAAAGGCUGUGAAGAAAGAGAAGAAGAGGGAGACAUUGCCUGAGAAAAUGGCAAGGAAGAGGCUACGUCUUAAGAAGAUAAAGCUAAGUUUUGUGAAGAAGCCAAGAAAAAUGAUGCGUUGAGCCUUCUGAUCAUACUUGAAUUGUUUCUAGCAAGUGGAAUUGUGAUAUGUUGAAGUCAGUUGGUCAAUUGCAGCGAUUUCUUUUUGAUACUGAUGCAGUUUUUGUUGGCAACACUAGGAAUAAGAAUUUGUUUCAGGCAUAUAUUUACUUUAAACAACAUGAGCAUUGUAUUGAUAACUGAAAUCAAAUCUUCUAACUCACAUGUGUUUCAGGUGGUAUGAUAAUUUGAAUAAGCAAACUUGCCAUGUUUCUUGAA